AUGGAUCCCAAGACUUGUUUGAAUGACGACUCUCUGGGGCCGAAUGUUCGAGGAUGUCGCGAUGAUUUCGACUUCACUUUGAUGUUUGAGAGGUUGUGUUUUGCGGUUAUCCCGGGAUCCGUUUUCAUUGCGCUAUGCCUGGCAAGGUUGGCAUACCUGUACCAAAAGCCUCGUGUCGUCCUUGGCACAUUUUUUCAGUUCACAAAGCUUGCUGUUAUCACGGUCUACGCGACCUUGCAAUUCUCGCUUCUGAUUCUCCUUACGGUGGGACAUGGCAGGGUUGAUAAUGGCCUAUCCAUCGCCGCCACAGCGGUUUCUCUCGCCGCGGCUCUGUUCAUGCUCGCAUUGUCCUAUGCCGAGCACUCGAGGAGUCCACGGCCCUCGAUUCUUCUCAACGCCUAUGUCCUGCUCACUCUCCUCUUCGACAUCGCUCAGACCCGCACGUCCUGGCUCGUCGCAGCCAACCUGCAAGAUGCUAUCUUCGCACGGCUCUUCACAUCGUCGGUUGUAGCGAAAGCAUUCUUGCUUCUCCUCGAAGCGCAGAGGAAGUCGCGGUGGGUGCGAUGGGACGCUUCCGAGCAUAGUCCGGAAGAGUCAAAUGGCCUAUUCGGCCUGAGUGUGUAUUCGUGGCUUAACAGGCUGUUUCUGCGUGGCUACAGAACCGUUCUCUCUCUUGAGGACUUGUACCCUCUGGAUCCUAGCAUGGGCACCGAUACCUUAUUCCCAAAGUUCCAGCGUCAAAUCUAUUCGCCCAGUUAUCGUCCAGCCAGGUUUGCACUGGCAAAAGCCCUUGCAAGGGCCCUCGCCGUCCCGUGGCUGUUGCCUAUCGCUCCUCGAGUGGCACUAAUCGCGUUCAAGUUCAUGCAGCCCCUUUUCUUGGAGAGGCUGCUUGGAUAUCUUCAAGAAUCCCAAGCGACGGACGAACCAAACCACAACAUCGGCUACGGGCUGAUCGGAGCGGCCUUGCUCAUAUACGUAGGCAUGGCCGUGUUCGGCGCAUUUUACCAGUACUACAAAUUUAGAGUUCUCUACAUGGUCAGAGUCUGCCUAGCCUCCGCAAUUUACAAAAAGACGACGGAAGCGAAGUUGACGGCAGGUAGCGACGGAGCCGCACUUACUCUCAUGAGUACUGACGUCGAGAGGGUCGUGCGCGGCUUCUACGCAAUCCACGAACUCUGGAGCAGUAUGAUCGAGGUUGGGAUCGGCUGCUGGCUACUUCAAAGGCAUCUAGGCGCGGCCUUUGUGGCCCCUAUAGUGACCAUCCUGAUAUGCACCCUUGGAAUAACGUGGAUUUCUGGCUAUUCUGCAAAGCGCCAGAGGGAGUGGAUGGGGGUGAUUCAGAAACGCGUCGGCUUAACUACCACCGCCAUCAGCACCAUGAAAGGCCUCAAGAUUACCGGCAUGGUAGGCCACGUCGCCGACACGAUCCAGUCCCUUAGGGCUGCCGACAUCAAGGCGGGCAACAGGUGGCGCAUCGUUCUCCUCCUUACAGCCAUGAUCGCCAUAGCGCCCCAAGCUUUGUCGCCGGUUUUCACGUUUGCUGUGACGUCCAGCACCUUGGAUACCACUACUAUCUACACUUCGAUGUCAUACCUGUUGCUUCUCGCCGCGCCGCUCUCGAUGCUGUUGCAGACUUUUCCGGGGCUUGUAGCUUCGUUUACGUGCUUGACAAGAAUCCAAAGUUUCCUCGAGGCAGACACUCGGGUGGAUUACAGAAAAUUCGCCUACCCUGGAUCUGGCGUAUUAAAGCCUAGCGGUGAUGAAUCCUCUACUGAUUCAGCAUAUGAACGGAUUGAGCGAGCCGAUGGCAUUGCGGUGGGCAUCCUGAAAACUAGCAAGUUGGCCACAACGGCUUCAGAGAAGCAAGAGCCGAUCACCGAGGUACACAAUGCGGCUGAAUGUUUGGAGACGCCAACAUUGGCUGUUAGGAUAUCGAAUGGUAGUUUCGGCUGGACGGCCGGUAAGAUGUCGUUGUCAGAUAUCAACGCCACGAUUCCCGCCAGCAAGUUGACUAUGGUUGUUGGGCCAGUAGCUUCUGGCAAGUCUACCUUUUGCUACGCUCUUCUUGGGGAGAUGCCCUACUCAAGCGGUGAAGUUACAUGGACAUUGGACGAAUUCGGAUCCGCGCCUAAGUCGGGCCGUAAACAAGGACGAGGAUGUGGAGGAGGUGUAGGCUUCUGUGAACAGAACCCCUUCCUUCUAAACGCAACCCUUAAGGAGAACAUCAUCGGCUUCUCCUCCUUGGACCAGUCCAAGUACGACGCAAUCAUCGACGCUACGAGGCUUGGCAUCGAUGUGUCACAGAUGCCGUCCGGCCACGAUACUCGGAUCGGCAGUAAUGGAAUCAUGCUUAGCGGGGGACAGAGGCAGCGCGUCUCUCUUGCCAGAGCUCUGUAUCUCGAGUCCAAUUUUGUUGUUUUCGACGACAUCCUUAGCGGCUUGGAUAACGAUACUGAGACAGAGGUCUUCAACCGUGUCUUCGGGCCCGAUGGUAUACUCCGACGUCGUGGCGCUACCGUCGUGUUAUGCACACAUUCGAUACGACACCUUCCAACUGCGGACCACAUACUCGCUCUCUCUCCCGACGGCCGACUUAUUGAAGAAGGAAGCUUCCAAGACCUCAUGCAGAAUCAGAUGUAUAUCCAGAGUCUUGGUGUCGAAGCUUCCGAUUCGGACUCAUCUAAGUCGGGUUCCAACAUAGAGGACGAAGAUGGCGGGAACCCGAAGCCAUCCGACUCGUCUCAGCCGAUGGGCAAGAAGUCUGAGAAACCUAAGGUCCUAGCACAUCACCUGGACAAGGCUAGACAGAUGGGCGACUGGAGGGUAUACUCCCACUACUUCGGCGCAGUUAGCAAAAGUAUGCUUCUGGUUAUCCUUAUUACCGGCAUCCUUUAUGGCUUUGGGGACAACUUCUCCACUAUCUGGAUGGGAUAUUGGGCCGCGGAUACCCUAUCGCGAGACAACUCCUUUUACAUUGGAAUAUUUGGUCUCCUUCGGACAUCCCAGGUCAUAUGGAUCGGGCUCUCCGGCGUCGCCAUCCUCAUCUCGCUAGUCACUCUUACUGGCACUGCCCUGCACAAGAACGCGCUUCGAACAGUUAUCACGGCCCCGCUAAGCUUCUUCACCAACACCGAUACUGGUAUCGUUACGAACUUGUUCUCGCAAGACAUGACGUUAAUCGAUGGCGAGUUGCCCUACUCGCUUCUCAACAUGUCGUUUAUACCAUUCAGUCUUGUCGGCGUGGCAUGUGUUAUUGCCGUGGCGACACCGUAUCUUGCUUCUAGCUACCCGGUGCUCGUGUUCAUUCUUUACAUGCUUCAGAAGUUCUAUCUGCGGACAUCUCGCCAGAUGCGACUCCUUGACCUAGAGGCGAAAAGCCCACUAUACUCACACUUUAUCGACACAAUCAAAGGUGUCGCUACAAUCCGCGCCUUCGGGUGGUCCCAGCCAAACCUUGUCCGCAACAAUGGCCUCCUCAACACGUCCCAGCGUCCAGCAUAUCUCCUCGCCAUGAUCCAGCAAUGGCUCGCCGUCGUGUUGCAGCUCACCGUGGCCGCCAUCGCCGUCAUCCUCGUCUCCCUGGCCACGCAGCUCUCCGCGUCGGCGGGAUUCGUCGGAGCAUCGCUCGUCAUGCUAAUUAACUUUGGCGAAACGCUAACCUAUUUGAUUAUCACCUACACCAUGCUUGAGACAUCCAUAGGCGCUGUGGCUCGACUUAAAACGUUCAGUGAGGUGGUGAAGCCUGAGGACUUGCCGGGUGAGGAUGUAAAGCCGCCGGAGGAGUGGCCUCCGAGAGGCGCCAUUGAGAUUCGGGACGUUUCUGCCUCGUAUGACGUUGGACGGCCGGAUUUGCCUCGAACUGAAGAUGAUGAGAAAAGCUCAAAGGUGCCAGACACUAUGGCUAUUCGGAACCUCUCAGUAUCCAUUCGGCCUGGCGAAAAGGUCGCCGUUUGCGGUCGAACUGGAAGUGGGAAAUCUUCGCUCUUCCUAGUCCUCGUCAGACUCCUCGACCCACUCCCCGGAUGUGCAGAGAACAUAACAAUCGACGGCCUCGGCCUCCACCGUAUUGACCGCGCCACCCUCCGCCAGCGCAUCAUCGCUGUGCCACAGGAUCCCGUGUUCCUUCCCGGAGGAAACUCAAUUCGCGCGAACCUGGACCCUCUGGGCAUGGCGUCAGACGAUGAAUGCCUCGAUGUUUUGCGCAUCGUCCAGCUGGAGGGCUUCGUCCGCGAGGCCGGUGCUGCUGCUGCUACUCCCACAACGGAGGCCAGCUCCGCGCGAGAGCUCAGGGACACGGCAACAGCGGAAGACUUAAACGCCGAGAUGAAGGCCGAGUCGUUCAGUUCCGGCCAGAGGCAGCUUUUCAGCCUAGGCAGGGCGAUCCUCCGGCGUCGCGUACGCGACAGGAGAAGUGGGAAGAACGGAGGCGGCGGUGGCAUUCUGCUUCUGGACGAGGUGAGCUCCAGCGUUGACCGCGACACGGACAGGGCGAUGCAGGACCUCAUUAAGAGGGAAUUUGCAAGCUACACCGUCGUCAUGGUGUCACACCGGCUGGAGAUGGUGGUAGAGUAUUUUGAUUCCGUCGUGGUCCUGGAUCAGGGGACCGUGGUUGAGACGGGCCGACCGGCAGAGCUUGUGGAGGUGGAGGGGAGCAGGUUUAGGGAUCUUUGGUUGUUGGCAAAGCACUGA